AUGGAUGGAAUCAAACAAGAAGUUCGAAGGGUUGGUGAGGUUCAAAAUGAAAUUCCUAGAGCUGAGGAACAACCUGAUUAUCGAGCUAGGAUUGAAGGGGAGUUGGCCAAAGAUUUGAAGAGGAUAGCUCCACCUAAGUUCGAUGGUAAGACCAUUGGUGAUGGUGUUGAAGCUUGGGUAAUUGAGAUGGAGAAGUAUUUUGAGCUUCAUAACAUGUCCAAUGAAACUAAAGCAGUAUGGGCUACUUAUCAGCUUACUGGAGAAGUUGGGACAUGGUGGGACAAUGAGAAAUCUAAGAAGAAGUUACAGCCUGGUGAUAUUACUUGGGAACUAUUUUUAAAAUCAUUUAGGAAGAGGUGGCUUCCUCUGUUAUUCUUCGACAAGAAGAUGACUAAAUUCCAGAAUCUGACACAAGGUGGUAUGGCAGUUACUCAAUAUUGGGAGAAGUUCACCAAUCUCCUAAAGUAUGUUCCACAAUACCAGAUGGAUGAACGAUUCCGCAUCCGGAAGUUCAUCUCGGGUUUGAGGACUCACAUUGGAUCAGAAGUGGAUAUUCAUAAUCCAUUUACUAUGGAGGAAGUCUUUGUGAAAGCAACUAAACAAGAACAGAAGUUGCAGCAACUGGCAAAUUUCCGAAGAAUGUGA